GUCUGGGGGAUCAGGCCAUCCAGGUCUGCUAACCGGGUAGCAGCACUUGCUGGCGUAUAUCCUGCAGUGGUAUUGGUGGCGCAUUACGCAUCAAGAAGAGGAUACCAGAGAAGAGGGUUCCCUAUGAACAGGGGUAAUGGCGCACACCUGUACGCGGGAAGUAAGUCGCAGACCUUCGCCUGGGGCGCCAGCAACCCGCCAUUGGCGGUUCAGGGAUUUAGUGGAGGAUCUUGGGGAUGGUAGGAUGGAGGGGAUACUCCAUGGGAGUUCUGUUGGCUGGAGGAAGUAUGGAAGAAGCGGGAGAUUGGCAGGGGAGGGGCGGAGGGUGAUUGGUUGGGGGCAGGGCGGAGAGGAGCGGGAUUUGGAGAUGGUUUUCUUUUGUCUUUCUUUUGUCAUUUUGGGUUCUUGGGAUCAGCGUUUGGGGUUUUUGGGGUUUCGCUUUUUGUUUUCGAUUUUCGGUUUUCGACUUUCGACUUUCAGUUUUCGAUUUUGGCGUUGGACCACCACGGAGUGACCCAUAUCAUUAACCUCGUUAUCAUUAAAUUCGACCAGGUCCGGGAGUUACGGUUUUGGAUUUUGAUCGGCGAAUCAGAGAUUGCCUGUAUUUAGCUAGUCUGGAAUGGAUCGUCAAUGCCGUUCCACUUGAUGUUUGGAUGUAGAGAUGGUUUGUAGUUGGAUGGACAAUGGACGAUUCAGUAUCAAGAAAGUGAUAUCUCAAGUAGGAA